AUGGCCUACCGAAUGUUCCGGCGGGGGGAGGACAAGGACAAAGUGCCGCCGCAGCAGGAAGGGGCGGCCGCGGUUGCCAGGAGGGGAGCCGAGGCUUCCUCUUCUUCCUCCAAGUCCCGUAGCCGCCACAACCACAGCGGCGGCCAGGACCGAGAGGGUCCUCGGAGCAGCAGCGGCGGCGGCAGCGACGGCCGCAGGAAGGGUGCAGCUGCUUCGCCCAGCAGCAGCAGCAGCAGGAAGGAUCGGGAAAAUAAAGGCCACCGAAGCCGGACGAAAGCGGGCAAAGAGCCGCCCUCUGCGUAUAAGGAACCGCCCAAGGCCUACCGGGAGGACAAGGCCGAGCCCCGGGCUUACAGGCGGCAAAGAUCGUCCCCCAGUCCUUCCCGGGAUGAUAGCCCGCCAAGCCAUAGGGUCUCUCAGAGCCAGCGGAAUCGUAAGUCGCUUAGUCCACGGUCUUCGCUUAGUCCUUACCGCCGUCGGUCACCCAACUACAGCCGACACAGUUCCUUCGAGCGUGGUGGGGAUGUUUCACCGAGCCCAUACAGCAGCUGGCAUCGUUCUCGCAGCCCCUACAGUCCUGCCAUCAGAAGAUCAGCAAAAUCCAGAAGCAGGAGCCCGUACUCAAGGCACUCAAGAUCUCGCAGUAGGCACAGACUGUCAAGAUCCAGAAGUCGACAGUCGAGCAUUUCUCCUAGUACUCUGACUUUUAAAAGUAGCCUGGCUGCAGAGCUGAACAAGAACAAGAAAGCUAGAGCAGCAGAGGCGGCCAAAGCCAACGCAAAAGCUUCAAACACUUCUACACCUACUAAGGGAAGCACUGACACUGGGGUGACUGCCCCACCAGUGAAUAACGUGAAGGAAGUUAAAAAGAUAAAAACUGAACCAACUCCUUCCCCUUCAGGUGGUUCAGUCUUGAAAAAUGACAAGACGAAAAUAAAAGUUCCUGUUCAGGAAACAAAGGGGGAAAACAAUUUGAUAGUAGAGAGAGCUGCUAAGCUGAAAGUGUCAGUGGUGAAAGAGAAUAAAUCAGUCGUUGUGAAGACUCCAACACAGCCUGUUGUGGUGAAAGAGAAAAACAAAUCCCACCCCCCAAGUGUAGCACCCAAGGAAAAAGAUUGCACUGUUCCACUAAUAACCUCCACGCUGCCACCCCUGCCGCUUCCUCCUUUGCUGCCUGAAGAUAAAGAUACAGAUAGUUUGCAAGGGAGUAUUUCUGUGAAAGCAGUUAAAAAAGAAGUGGAGAAGAAAUUGCGCCACUUGCUUGCAGAUCUGCCUCUGCCACCUGAGUUACCUGGAGGAGAUGAAGAAUCUUCAGGAAGCCCUGAAGAGAAGAAGAUACCAGUCCAUCUGCAUCAUAGAAAGAGACCAAAAAUAUGUGGUCCACGCCAUGGUGAAACAAAACAAAAAGAAAUUGACUGGGGAAAACGUUGUGUGGAUAAAUUUGAUAUAAUUGGCAUUAUUGGAGAAGGCACUUAUGGGCAGGUUUAUAAAGCAAGAGAUAAAGAUACAGGGGAGAUGGUGGCACUAAAGAAGGUACGGUUGGAUAAUGAGAAGGAAGGCUUUCCCAUUACGGCUAUUCGGGAAAUAAAGAUUCUUCGACAACUUAAUCAUCAGAGCAUAAUCAACAUGAAGGAAAUAGUAACAGAUAAGGAAGAUGCUUUAGAUUUCAAGAAGGAUAAAGGAGCUUUUUAUCUUGUAUUUGAAUAUAUGGAUCAUGAUCUGAUGGGGCUUCUGGAAUCUGGCUUGGUCCAUUUUGAUGAAAAUCAUAUUAAAUCCUUCAUGAGACAAUUGAUGGAAGGCCUGGAUUACUGCCAUAAGAAGAAUUUCUUGCAUAGAGAUAUUAAAUGCUCCAACAUUUUAUUGAACAACAGAGGGCAGAUCAAACUAGCAGAUUUUGGCCUCGCUCGGCUGUAUAGCUCUGAAGAGAGCCGACCAUAUACCAAUAAAGUUAUCACCUUAUGGUACCGGCCUCCAGAACUUCUGCUGGGAGAAGAGCGAUAUACACCUGCUAUUGAUGUUUGGAGCUGCGGAUGCAUACUGGGUGAACUUUUUACAAAAAAACCAAUAUUUCAAGCUAAUCAGGAAAUUGCCCAGCUGGAGCUGAUAAGUCGUGUAUGUGGGAGUCCUUGUCCUGCAGUGUGGCCUGAUGUGAUAAAACUGGCAUAUUUCAACAGUAUGAAACCAAAGAAGCAAUACCGUCGAAGACUGAGAGAAGAGUUUGCUUUUAUUCCUCCAGCUGCGUUAGACCUUUUUGAUUAUAUGCUUGCUCUGGAUCCUAGUAAACGUUGCACGGCAGAACAGGCACUUCAGUGUGAAUUUUUGCGAGAUGUUGACCCUUCAAAGAUGCCUCCACCAGACCUUCCUUUGUGGCAGGAUUGCCAUGAAUUGUGGAGUAAGAAGCGUAGAAGGCAAAAGCAGAUGGGCAUGACAGAUGAGGGAGCCAAACUUCCACGGAAAGAUUUAUCAUUAGGAAUGGAUGAUAGCAGAGCCAACACCCCUCAGGGCUUGCAGACGUCUUCUCAACUGAAAAUGCAAGGCAAUUCUAACACAACACUUGUGAAAGGAGGCAGUGGUCAACCGCUAAAUCAGAAUGAAGUGGCCAUUCUCCUAAAUCUGCUGCAGUCUAAAACCAGUAUUAAUAUGGCACAGUUUGCUCAGGUGCUCAACAUUAAAGUGAAUCCUGAGACUGAGCAGCAGUUGAAUAAAAUAAGCCUUCCAGCCGGCAUUUUGGAAGCUGGGGAAAAACAGCCUGAGCAGCAGCAGCCACCACUGCCACAGCCACAGCCACAGCCACAGGCGCCGCCACCACCACCACAGCAGCACCAAUCACAACAGCAGCACCAAUCACAACAGCAGCACCAAUCACAACAGCAGCUGCAACAGCCACCACCACUACCUAAGGCACCACCACCACCACCCUCACCAGACCAGGAGUCAUUAAAGCAAGCAGCUGCUCCUCAGCCAUCUGUGCAAACUGCUCAGUUGACACAAACAAAAGUUGAUGCUGAGGUUACUCAGGCAGCUGUGCAGAGUGCAUUCACUGUUUUGUUGUCUCAGUUAUUAAAGGCUCAGCAACUGAAGCAGAAAGAAAAUGUAUUAGAAGAAAAGGAGAAUGGGUCAGGAAAUGAAAUGCCAUUGCAUCCCAGGCAACCACCAGAACCAAGUACGCCUGCAUCUGGCAAUUGGGAGGACGCAGAAUCUCCAGCAUCCAUUUACCCCAACCUUAUCAAAUCUUUAUAUGCAUGUGCAGGACAAGAUUUCAUCAGGCACCCUGAAAUGAGACCUCAAACACCAGAAGAACGACCUCGCAUCUUGCCCCCAGAUCAGCGGCCUCCUGAGCCACCAGAACCACCACCUGUCACUGAAGAAGACCUUGAUUAUCGGACAGAAAACCAACAUUUGUCUUCAGUUAAUAGCUCUUCAGGGAUGGAUCCUCAUGCUGGAGUGAAAGCAGCUCUUUUACAACUGCUUGCUCAGGCUCAAACAACUGAGAAACCAGCAACCUCUAGUGUGGAUUUCCAGUCAAGAGAUUCCUUUGUUGCAGGUCCAGACUACAAAGAUAGCUUUGGAUCUUCUGCAUUUUCUUCUGCUCACUACAGCAGUAGUGAUGGAAUAGGAGGUGGAUCUUCUGGGAUAUUAGAAAGGGGAAACUUCGUUGGAAAUGCAGAUGUUCAAUCCUUAGAAAACUACAAUACCGCUUCAUCUCACACUAGUGUUGCCCCUCCACCUCCUGCCUUUUCAGAACCAUUUCACAGCUCAGUAACUGGCUAUGGAGACAUUUACCUCAACACUGGUCCCAUGCUAUUUAGUGGUGAUAAGGACCAUAGAUUUGAAUAUAGUCAUGGUCCCAUCACUGUUUUGGGUAACAGUGGUGACACAUCCACAGGGGCUGGAUCUGAAAGUACUCAUUCAUUGUCUUCAAAGAUACAGAACUAUAACUAUGGAAGUAAUUUACAAGAACCUUCUGUCAGUGUUGGGCAUAUGCACGGACAAACUUGGACUUCUCCUGUACAAGGACCUGGAUAUUCACAGGGAUACAGAGGGCACAUUAACACAUCAGUGGUCAGAGGACGAGGUAGAGGAUUACCAUACUGAGCAUCUGUUUUGUUUAUUUUUCCCCUCAGGCACAUCAUUUUUACCUGGAAAGACUUUGUAGCUGUGAUUUCAAAGCAGUUGUCCAACAGACUUGAAUAAUGUUAAUUCAACAGCUUUAUUUUUAUGUGGAAAAGGGUCUUGCAUACAAUAGGAAAAUGCUUACAACUCAUGCUAUUUGGAGAACUAGAUAAUUGAUUGUACAUCUUUGCAAAUUCUAGCUAUAAAUUUUAUAUUUUGGCAGUUUUAAGUCAAUGCUAAAUUUAGGGACAUCAGCUUUUUAUGGCACACAGUCAAGAUCUAUGCACACACUUGUGCUUUUUUUUGUAAGUCUGGACCAACUUUUAUGUAAACAUUUUACAACAAUCAAAGCAGGGCACUGAUUUAUUUGGUAUUUCUUUUUACAAAACCCCUUUAGUCAAAAAUUCACUGUCCUUGCACUGCUUUCAGUGUUAUCUGUGGGAGGUAUUCUUUGUGUUCAUUUCAGACAAUAAAACAGAGUCUUCAAUACUACACUUUUAUACAUACUUGGGCAUUGGGUUUGAUUUCCUUUCGAAGUUAAAUGUCUAGUAAAAUAUCCUGUCCAUCUUCCCAGUGUUUGUAUAAAAACUGUUUUACUUGAAUGGAAAGUGCCUUAACGAUGUACGAUUAAGGUCUGAAGAACAUUUCAUUAAAUUCAAAAGGCUGUUUGAAGGUACUUCGUAGUUUGAUACAAGAAUUUAAUAUUUACACUACAUGGCUGGUGACUUACAGACAAAUGGGACAGGUGGUACUUUCUCAUUUUUAUGUGCCAUUAGGCAAGUGAAAUUAAGAAACGCUUAUGUGUUUUUCACCAAAUUACAACUUACCCCCCUGUUGAAUUAAGUGAACUACAUAAGAAUGUAUGCAAGAUAAUGAAGGGUGGGCUUCCUUCAAUUUUCUGUAUGAACUCUGAAUUCCAAUUCCUUUACCAAAUAAAAGUUAGUGUCCUGUUUUA